AGAGAAAACAGGAAUGUUGGAACAGCAGGAGUCAGAGCAGGAAAAAUAAAGCAUCUACAUGUGAGUCCAGUAGAAGAGCUUAGAACAGACAAAGUGCAACCAGAUCAACAUAAGGAAAAAGAAAAUCUUCCGUGGAUAAAAACACUCCUUGACAGACUUCAUCUCAACAAGCAUGAACAUAAACUGAGAGCUGCAGAUUUUCUUCAGAUAACUGCACAUUCAUUACAAUCCCAUGAAUCUUGUGCUGAAGAGGAGUUGAUUAAAAAUUUAAUUCAAAAACUACUGAUGAUGAACUACAGAGCAAGAUACAUUCGUGUUAGGGAUCCCAAUGAACAGGAUCACACACAACAAAGAGACUAUCACUUAUCUGAAGAUGAGAGUGACAUUUUCAAACCAAUCUCUUUUUCUACCACAGGAACAAGUCAGUCUGAGCGAAUCCACCCAAUGGAUGUUCAGAUGGCCAUGUUUCAUUGUGCUGAUGGUUUCCUGAAGCAGCUGAUGGUCACUAAACUGUCCCAGUGUCAGUACGCUCUGCCGCUGCUUGUUCCCGAUCCAUUCACACAACAGAUUGAGUUUCCUCUCUGGACAUUCAGACAAAUCAACAAGAGCUGGAAGAUGAGAAUCACCAACAAUGAAACCAACAGUCAAACCCAGCCGAUCUACAAGGCAGAAACUCCAAUGGUGUUUUUCUUCAGGUUUGGCUCUGUGUCUUCAUCCAAGUCUCAGCUGAUGAACAGUCUGAUCAAUGAGAGACACAACACGUUCUUCCACAGGAACUGCCCAGGCAGCAGCAGAACCAGAGUCCUGAUGGAUGGAGUGGUGGAGAUUGCCUGGUUCUGCCCCUCUGGGAAAAACACGGAUAAAUUCACUGACUGUGUUGCGUCCUGUAAUCUUCACGGUGAUGCAGGAGACCAUGAGAAACAGCUGGAGAUCCUCACUGAAAUGAGCUCAGUCAAUGUUGUUAUUCUACCACGACUGGACAGGAAUGACAGAAGUGCAGCAAAGAUUCAGAAACUGUACAAGGACUCAAAGCCACUAAUUUGUCUUUUUACUGAGGAUGAUUCUGCUGUAACUGAGAUAAAGAAAGGAAAAUUCAAGAUCGGUUUGAAAGACAGAAAUCAGUCAGAUGUAUCUGAAGAGCUCAGAAGAGCUAUAAAUUAUUGUCUCUCAGAAUCAUCUUCCACUUUCAGACUUGAAGAUUUGUCCAAACACUCAGACAUCAGAGUAGAUGAGGAAGAUGACGAUGACUGCAGGAGAGGAAGAGAAGCAGCACAGCAGAUGAUGAGUUUACUGGAGAAGAAAGAUCUAACAGAAAUCAAAGAAUCACUUCUGCCCUGUCAGGGGAAACUGUGGCGUCAGUGGAGUCAGAAGAACAAAGAACUACAUCGACCUCGAGGAGAUGAACUAGAAAUGGACGUCAGUAAAAAACAAACAGAAAUGAAGAGAAUCCGCCAACAGCAACAUGAAUCUGACAUCAGUGAGUUUAUGAAGCUCUUUAUUGAGGAAAUGAGCUCACAUGCUGAACAUAAGAUGAUGUUUUUCCUUAAAUGGCUCAGAAUCUUCCUGGAUGAAUAUACAUCAGCUGAUCUUUCUGCUCUACAUCACAGGUAUUGUGAAAAGUGGUCAACAGUUGUAAAACUGAAAGAGAAUCAUGAUAAAUCUGAACAACUAAAAGCUGAACAAGCAGAACUUGAGAGAAUAUCUGAGGAUCUUCAAGCUGCAGCCUUUGGUUUGGAGCACAUAAUGAGGGAGAUCGGUCAGAUCUUUGAAUCAUGUUCAUCUGUGAAGAAGAACAGGAAAGACCUGCAGUUUAACUUCUCUUCUCUCCCGAGUCUUGCAGCAGAGAUGAUGAUCUCUGGAUUUCCACUGGAGCUCAUGGAUGGAGAUGCUGCUCAUGUUCCUCUGAUCUGGAUCUCUGCUGUUCUAGAUGAACUCAUCCAGAAACUGGGAGACCAGAGAGUUUUUGUGCUGUCAGUUUUAGGGCUUCAGAGCUCUGGGAAAUCCACCAUGCUGAAUGCCAUGUUUGGACUCCAGUUUGCCGUCAGUGCUGGCAGGUGCACCAGAGGAGCUUUCAUGCAGCUGGUCAGAGUGUCAGACGAGAUGAAAACACAGAUGAACUUUGACUAUAUUCUGGUCGUUGAUACUGAGGGUCUUCGUGCUCUAGAACUGGCUGGAAGAUCAACAAGAGCUCAUGACAAUGAAUUGGCCACAUUUGUUGUUGCACUUGCAAAUCUGACCUUGAUCAGCAUCUUUGGAGAAAACCCAUCUGAGAUGCAGGACAUUCUUCAGAUUGUUGUUCAGGCCUUUAUGAGGAUGAAGAAGGUCAGACUGAAUCCCAGCUGUGUGUUUGUGCAUCAGAACGUUUCAGAUGUCACAGCUAUAGAGAAAAACAUGGAGGGAAGGAGACGACUGCAGCAGACACUGGAUGAGAUGACUAAACUCGCUGCUAAAGAUGAAGACGGUGAUGCAGAAUGUUUCAGUGAUGUCAUUGGAUUUGAUGUACAGAAUGAUGUGAAGUAUUUUGCUCAGCUCUGGGAGGGAAACCCACCCAUGGCUCCACCAAACCCAAACUACAGUGAGAACAUUCAAGAACUGAAGAAAACUAUUAUGUCUCAAGCUUCAAAAUCACAUGGAAUGAGGCUGAUAGACUUAAAGGACCGUAUUAAAGAUCUUUGGGAGGCUUUACUGAAUGAAAGAUUCAUCUUCAGCUUCAGAAAUUCUCUGGAGAUUUCAGCCUACAGGAAACUGGAGACCAAAUACAGCAAUUGGACCUGGAGUCUCCGCAGUGCCAUGAUGAAAAUUGAGAACAAACUACACAACAAAAUAGAAAAUAAAGCAAUUCAUGAGAUUGAGGAAACUGAUCUUCAAAGAGAACUAAAGAAGACAAGUGAAGAAGUGGAAAAAUCAAUGUCAGAAUUCUUUGAAAAAGACAUAAAUGCUGAAAUACUGAUUCAGUGGAAAACAUCAUUUGAAAUCAAAAUCAAAAAGCUUCAGGAGAACAUUGUGAGAGAAGCAAAAAGGAUAUUAACUGUGAUUCUUCAUCAGCAAGACCUGAAGAAAAAGAUUGAUGCUCAGAGGAAAGAUCAUGAAAACACUCUCUAUGAAAAGAGCAAAGAACUUGCCUUAAAACUCAAAGACAAAGCAAAUGAUGAAGAAACACUGAAGAAAGAGUUUGAUUUGUUCUGGGAACAAAAUGUGAAGAUGAUCAUCAGAGACACUUUCGUAAUUAAAGACAUUGACAUAAUGAGAGAUGUGAGAGAGAUCCUCAGUGAUGUAUAUGAGGGGCAUCUCCCUGUUGAUCACUGGAGGGAAAGGAGGGAUAUUUUUACUGUGCCCAGUUAUUCUGAAUAUGUUGUUCUCAAAAAGUCCAGAAAAGGUGGAAUUCAACAGGCUCUAAAGGAUGUUUACAGAACAGUAAUAAAAGAAUCUUUCAGAUAUUAUAGAAUUCUGUCUUUAGAGGAUGAAACCCAAAUAAGAUCAUUAAUCACAGAUGUUGCUCUGCAGACAGACAGAAUUAUUCAGUCAUUUAACAUUUCAAAGAUGGGCUACAGCAUCAGCUACAUUCAACAACUCACAGAUUACAUCAAGACAAGAGUAACAGAACAUCAGGAAGGACCGGUGAAUUACGUGUUCAAGAAUGAAUUCUUCAUGGAUUUGGUAAGUUCCAUCUUUAAGAGAGCAAACAAGAUGAUCACUGAACAACACAGACUGUUCAGAGAAGCCAAUGAUCCUAAGAUAUAUGUAGAGAAGAAGAGAGAAGAGUACUAUAGUAUUUUCCAGAAAUACUGUCAUGGAGCAACAUCAGCUGUCAUUUUUGGUGAGAUCAUCUGUCAGAAACUUAAAGAGCCCAUUGAGCAGAGUGUCUACAGGAAGACUGCCAGAGAUCUGAUGGAUGAAAUGAGAUCAAACUGUGAAUCACUGAAUGGAAACAGAUCAAAUCUGGAGAAACACAUCCUGAAGACACUGGCAGAAAAGGAGGAUUUUGACAAAUACAUGAAUUACAUUCAUAAUCCCAGAGAUCACUACAAGAGUUUCAUCAGAGAUGAAGUCAGUCGGUACGUCACUGAUAAGUUCAGUGUCAGUGUUUUACCCAAGAUGAAGGAGAACAUUAAACUCCUGCAGCAGGAGAUCAUGAAAGCAGCACAUGAAUCUACUGAACAUGUUCAAGUGAACAGAGGAGAUGUUGGUUUGUGGUUGAAGAGUUUCACACAGCAGCUCUCAGAUGUGCUGAUCUUCUCUGAGAAAGACCUCAGUGGAUUGAAACAUGAUGAUGUUGAUGAUUUCAACCUUCUAGAAGAUGUGAUAAGACAAGAACUUCCUGGUAUAAUGACUGACAUCAGCAGUAGAUUCAAUAAAAAGUCAUUUCCAGUAAAUCUGGACCUCGAGUUUAGACCAGACGAGCUUCUGAUUUAUCACUUCUCUCAGUGCUGUUGGGUUCAGUGCCCAUUCUGUAAUGCCAUCUGCACCAACACCACAGAAAACCAUUAUGGAGAUCAUAGUGUUCCUUUCCACAGAGUGAAUGGAAUUAAUGGCACAUGUUACAGUUCAACACAGAAUCUCUGUAUUAAUAUGUGCACAGAUUUAGUAGCAAGUCAUCAUGAUUUUAAUACACCACAUGAAAGGUUUAAAUAUAAAGAAUACAGAAGAGCAGGAGGAGUUUAUGCAGACUGGAGCAUCACUCCUGAUCUCUCUGAACUGCCCUACUGGAAAUGGUUUGUGUGCAGAUUUAAGAAACAUCUAGAAAAAUACUACAGUAAAACAUUUGAGGGUUAUGGGAAGAUACCAGAUGAAUGGAGAAAAUACACAAAACAGGAGGCUAUUGACAGUCUGGAUCAAUACAUGUAAUGGAAGAUAUAAAGACUCACUGGCAGAAAUUAGUUUCUCUGACAUUCAUCUGCCCUUCAGAAGAUCAGAGCUUAAUCAAAUAAACCAGAUGAGAGUUAAAGACAAGAUUCGGUUCCUCAUACAAGUCUAAUGAUGUCAAAUGAUUUAAACAGCAUAUUUCUGAACAUAUGCCUGAUUGAUAAAGCUCAACAUGAUUGAUGUAUAUUUUAUUACUAAUCAAAGCAGCUUAAUCAUUAUCAUGAACUGAAAAAGAUCUAUAAUAAGGAUAUUAAUGAUAUAUUGUUGAUGAUAAAUGAUUGAAGUGCCUAUAUAAAUGUGUUUGUUAUUGGGGUGAUUUUGUUUUUGGGGUGUAAUAGAAUAUGAUUUCAUGCUUGAUUGUUCAAAAAACACAUUAUUUUUUCACAUUUUACAUCAUUACAGAUCUUCUCUUCCCAGUUUAUCCUGAACACGUCAUUUUCGAUGAAGCCCCUCCUUCCAAAAUACAAAAUGUGCUGUGAUUGGCUAGCUGGCCCAGUGUGUUGUGAUUGGCAGCACUUAGCAUGUGUUUCGGGAAAUGUCACACCCCUCCAUAACUGCUCUUUGUUCUGUUGAGUAAUUAUAAAGAAUAGCUGCAAUUUCAAACCACUAACAAGAGGUUCAUCCAGAAUGGAUUUCGUGCAUGGACAUUUUAGUGUGGUAUGUUUUUCUCAUACAUUAUAGAUACAAUGUCAGUUAUACACCAUUUAAUCAUGAUAUUUGAUCAUGAUAUUGUUAUACAAACAGUAAUCAAAGUAAUUGUUUUAGGAAAUUAAAGGGAUAGUUCAUCCAAAAAUGAAAAUUGUGUCAUCAUUUAUUCACCCUCAAGUUGUUUCAAACCUGUAUAAAUUUCUUUCUUCGGCUGAACACAGUGGAAGAUAUUUGGAAGAAUGUUUUUUAACCAAACAGAUCUCGCCCACCAUUUACUGCCAUAGUAGGAAAAAUAAAUACUACGGUAGUCAAUAGGGGGAGAGAUCUGUUACUGUUAAUGACAUUCUUCCAAAUAUCCUUGUGUUCAGCAGAAGAAAGAAAUUCAUACAGGUUUGAAACAACUUGAGAGUGAGUAAAUGAUGACACAAUUUUCAUUUUUGGUUGAACUAUCCCUUUAAAGGGAUUUCUAUUUUGUAUGUACUUAACAGCCAACGUAAGCUAUCCGAAAAAUGUAUAAAAAAAAUAUUUUUUCACAAA